CCAGCAGAGCCAAAACAAGCCGAGAGAAGGCAUGAAUACAAUGACAGACAUCGUCAAAGACAUCUCCACGGCCAGCUUUCCCCAACCCGACUCACCUGUCUCCUCAGCACCGGAAAACGGACAGCUGCUGUUCAUCCGCAACGUCGCGUCUCGUCGGGAUACGCAGACCACCAGCGGCAGCGUCAACCUCGAGGGCAGCUCCCAGCCCCUCGUACCCUCAGCCACAGCCGAUCCCCAGUCGUACACCAUGACAUCGGGCGAAUUCAUGCAGUCCACCCCUCUGUUCGUGCAGAGGUCUAAGAAGAACCUGUUUUAUAAGAUCUUAUGCUUCCUCGUGCUCCUUCUCCAGGGCGGCAUGCUGGAUUUCUACCUCAUCAUCUUCACGGACCUCUACUGGUGCUCGUGGAUAGCCACGGAUCUGGUGGUCAUAUCGGGAUGGGGGAUCUUCUUCAUGAAGAACGCCAGGAGCAAGCGGGAACGCGCCUGCGGGUUCCACCAGAAGAGCUCCAUGUUCGGGUGCAACCUCGGGGAGUUCACCUUCGCGUACCUGGCGUGGCUCAUUUACGUGAUCGCAUCCACCCCGAAAGUGGUGCUUGUUUUGGAAACGUCCAUUUUGGAUCUCAUCGCCCUUAAAGUGCCGUUCGGCAUAACCGGUUUCAAGAUAACCAUGUUGCUUUGCGCGCCUUUGCUUUACUGUCUCAUCAAUUCCAUUAUUGAGGAUCCCAACGGUGCCACGCGUUUCCAUUCCCAGGGCUGCUUCAUGAGCACCUGCGUGGACAUCCUGGACAGCUUCGUCCUGGUGGAAAUGCUUCUCAAAAACGAAAUUUCCAACGUGUACCUGAAGUACACGGUCAUAUCGGUGUAUUUCAUCGCGUUGGGCGUUCCGGUUUUAUGGCUUUAUGAGUUGACGGCGUCAGAGAUGAACUGCCGCUGGAUAUGGGCGAGGUUUUUCACCGGCGUGCUGGUCAACGCACCGUUACUGGUGGUCAGAUGUUUUCUCGUUUUCGUUUACAACACGCCCGUGUCGGUUUUCAUGUUCAAAAACGUGCUGUUUUUGGGGUGCAAGUGCCUGGAGAUGAUCGAGCAGUGCGCGUCUCUGAGAGGCAACCGGAGGUUUGCGCGUGGACGCGGUGGCAACGCGGCCCAGUUCUCUCAUUGCGUUUCAGAGAACGACAUGUGUCCUCAUGGUUAUGUGAACACGCUGGCUGUCAAUACUCAGUCGUAGGUGCGAUUUUUAGGAUAGGCCAUGUAGGCUACACCGUGUGUGUGUCACCGCUUUUAAGGGGAGGUACUACAUGCUAAAUUUGAGUUUUCUUCAAAAUGACACCCGGCCAAACAAAAAUAGACUUAUUUUUCUCUAUAUAAACAUAUAUCUACAUAAAUAAAUAGUAGCUAUUUAUUUAAAGCUAUAAAAUUCUAAAUAUACCCAAAUGAGAAAAGUGCACUGAAUACACUUUUAAGUACACUUAGUAAAUGUACUAUUAUUAUGCACUAAUUCAGUCUUUAGUACUUUUUAAGAUAAGCUUAAGAACAUGUAAGUGUACUCAACUGUUAUUUUGAGACACCAUUUAUUUGAAUACACUAAAAAUCAGUUAAAGGGGUCAUAUGAUGAGAUUUUUUAAAAGAUGUAAAAUAAGUCUUUGGUGUCCCCAGAGUACAUAUAUUUUAGCUCAUAAUACCCCACAGAUUAUUUAUUAUAGCAUGUUAAAAUCGGUGCGAAAGCAAAAAUGUGCCGUUUUUGGGUGUGUCAUCUAAAAUGCAAAUGAGCUGAUGAAACGCAAACACUGAUCACCAUAAUUGUGGUUUGAUAAAAUUGAAACUCAGUUGUGCUGUCAAUAUUUUUUUUCUCUCUCUCUAAAUGGCAGUGCCGUGGUUGGAUAGUGCAGAUUAAUAGGCAGUAUUGUAAUAAGAUGUCACAAAACAGCUUGCAGAGAAUGGUUUACCAAAACUUAUUUACUGGUUUGAGGUUUUUCACAUUUUCUAGGUUGAUAGGAGAACUGGGGACUCAAUUAUAGCACUUAAACAUGGAAAAAGUCAGAUUUUCACGCUAUGACCCCUUUAAGUACUGAUAUUUAGUAUACUUUAUCAAUUGCACUAAGGUACUACUGAAGUAGAACUAUACUAUUAAUUAGUAUAUUUGUAGUGUAUAACUUUUACACUAUUAUUUAGCAUGAAAACAGCAAUGUACUGCAAAAGUACUUGCUGGUAUUUAAGUAUAUUCAAAGAGCAUUCGAGGAUGCUUUAUUUUUCCUGAGUAAAAAGCAGCCUUUUUUUGACUAAAUAAUAAAAUAAUAUUGUAAAUAUCUUAUGAUUAUGCUAUUUUGCCAAAUUUUUAUUUUAACAAUAAUCUGAUAUUUAAUUUGAUGAAGUAAAAUUUUAUUUAAUUUUACAUAACAGUCAUAUUUGGAUCUAUCAGUAUUAACCGAUGUUACUAUUAUUUAUAUUAUGUUUGCAAUAUAUACAUUUUAAAACUAUCAAAACCAUUUACUUUAAUAUACUUUAGUAUUUACUAUAGUAAACUGUAGUAUAAUUCCUAGACACUAGUGUUUUUGGACAAUUAAAGUACAGUAUCUACAUAAAUUCAGUAUAGUUAAUACUACAGAAUAAUGUAUAAAUAAACAAAGUGUCGUAAUUCCUAUAAUAUACUACAAUAUUUUGUUAUGUUUGGUCUGUAUGCCUAGUACCUCCCCUUAAGAAAUGUGUCAUCUUCUUCAAUCUUUACAGGUGCUACAACCGAAACCACUCAAUGUGCCAAUGAAUAAACAUUCCUCUGCAGUAUAUACUCAAUGAAACAGACAUGAACCAGCGCUUACGUGGCGCUAAUGACGAGAACCUUUGAUUUGCACUUGUUUUGUGAGGCACUUUAACCCCGAGAGAACUGUUCAACAGAGGAAAUGUUAUAAGUGCAAUGUUGUAUCAUUUAUUUUCUAUGUAUGUCCUCGAUCUUUUUGGAAUCGAUUUACAGUAACAUGAGGUGAUGUUUCUAGUGUUUUCAAAGAUGUUCCCAAACGCACUUCUCAAAAGUGUAAAUAUGCCUCGUGACUUGGUGUACACUUCAGAUUGUGAACGUGAUGUGGUCCCUUCCCUGGUAUUUACGGAUGGAAACUGUGGCAAGAUGUACAGUAAGAUAAGGAUUUUUGCAAAUGUUUAAUGUUAAUAGGCUAUAGAAUCUAUAAGGAUAACCGUAAUCCAUCUUUGAUGACCAAACUUCGACAUGUGCCGGCCACAUCCAGCCAUAACACUUCCACAGUGCCGUCUCUUAUCAGUUUGAACUAGGCUACCUCUCUCGACCGAACCUUACAGAAACCAUAACCACAUGGGUUUAUCUGCCUAACUCCAGAUGUUAUAUCACUCAUGCCAGUAAAAAGUUAUGGUUUACGAAAAUUCUGUUAUCGUUGAUGGAUCGAAUAGAAGAGGAUUUAUGGGUCUGUGUCUAAAUGAUAAAGCAGACAUGCAUAUUACAAGAUCAAUGUACUUUAGUUACACCAAGAAUUACUGCAAGAAUCCAGCUAUCAAAACAAAUCUUAAUUCUCCUGCUUAACUUUAAGUCAGCAAGUUUGUAAGCGGAGUAUAUUAUGUGUAUCCUAAAAUAACAUCGAAUUACUACUAACUAAUGUGCAUCCUAUUACUAUUAUUUUUGUGCAUUGAGGAUGGGGUACAGGGUGAGCUAAAUGUGAUAAAUAUGCAGGCCGAAAGUGCAUUAUGGGAUUUUUAUGCCUCAUUGCGCAGUAUAACCCAACAAAUAUGUAACAUACUACGCAUGUUUUUUUUAAAACUACAGUAUAUUCCAAACACAACACAUUGUAUUUAUCCACAUCAGUGUUUUACAGAUUUUUUAUCUUACAAGGGCUUUAAUUUGCAAGUUGUAUUACGGUUGUUUACAUACAAUGUAUUAUUUGCACCGCAAUACGCUCUUAAAAUAAUGGUGCUUGACGGGUUCUUCGCAGCGAUGCCAUGGAGCGGGUCCAAAUGUUUUUGUCAGUCGAACCACCCGAUCUAAAUUAUUUACUUGAAGGACCCUUUGAAUUUUUUUGUUUGUUUGAAUAUUUUAACCAUUUAUUAGCACAUUUGCAUGCUUAACGUAAAGGUGUUGCGGAGGGUUUUCUCGAAUUUUAGAAAAGAACCGCCUUCUCCACUUUUAAAAAAAAUGCAAUUGCGCAACACUCCUGAUUGACCACUAGGAGGACCAAUAGUCUUGAUGAUCCACCCGGAAAAAGAAAAUCCUCCGCAAUACCUUUAAAAUGCAUAAUGUUUAAUAGUAUUUUACGUAGUUAUUGUUAUUACUACCUGAUUUUCAUUUGAUAGUUUUCUUUUAUUAUGCACGGGUUCUCAGUUUACUGAUUUAUUGUAAUGUGUAACGCACCGUUCAGACUGACUAGCAGCGUUGGGGAAAGUUACUUUUAAAAGUAAUGCAUUACUAUAUUAAGUUACUCCCCCAAACAAUAACGUAUUGCAUUACUUAGUUACUUUUCAUGGAAAGUAAUACUUAUGUUACUUUUAAGUUACUUAUGCGUUACUACUUCUUACUUGGCUAAGGCUUGAUCUCUUUCAGGCCUUGCAGGUGUUUUUUUAUGACCGAGAAGUUCUGCAUUCAGAAAUAUUACAUAUUUCCAUCGCAAAAUGGUCAAGUUCUGGCCUGCCAUCUCAGUUUCUGACUCAAAGGGUUUCCACUCUGGCGUGCACACAUAGAGUGUGUGAUUUGACGUGACUACGUUUAGUUUUAUUUUUUUAAAAUCAAAUUCAUUAAUCUAAAAAGUAACUUGCAUUACUUUUUUAUAAAAGUAACUCAAAUAUGAAUGUGUACAUUUAUAAAGUAAUGCGUUACUUUACUCGUUACUUCAGAAAAGUAAUAUUAUUACGUAAUGCACAUAAAGCAAAAUUAUCUUGUUCAUUUCAAAGGAAGUAAC